UGAAAAAUUAAAAUAAACUCAUUAAGAAAGAGUUUAAUAUUAAAAAUAUCUGAAAUAUAUUUAAAAACGCCAAAGAAAAGAAGAUUUGCUAUUGAAAAGUCAUGUCAGGACCAGCAAAUUCAAAUAAAAACUUAAAACGAGAUGCAGAAAGAGAGCAGCAACCAUGGGGUCCUGCAUUACAGCAACAGCCUAAACAGGAACAAAGACCAGAGUCAGGUGGGCAAUGGGAAGAAGUGAAGAAAAAGAAAGUCAAAAAAUAUCCAUCAAAGAAGGAACGUGAAGAAGCUGAAAGAAAAUGUUCACAACUCCCACCAUCAGAAGGACCAUCUCAGCAACAACCUCCUGUUCAAAUAAAAACCGAAGAAAUUGAAAAAAAUUUCGAAUCAAUGGGCGUCUCACCAAAGAAAAAAAUCAAAAUGAUCGAAGCAAGCCCCGAUGGACGUGUGUAUGAAGGAAAGAGAGGAACGCCAUGCAGACUUGAAGUCAAUUAUUUGGAGAUUCUCAUAAAUAAUUUAAAGCCCAACGCUUUUCAUUAUGAUGUCACUUUUACUCCUGAUGUUCCUAAGAAAAUGUUGCCGAAAGCUCUUGAAGCUUUCAUGAAGAAUAAUUUCCCAAAGAUUUCAUAUUCUUUCGAUGGACGGAAAAGUUUCUACACGGUAAAUGUAAUGUCAAAAGAUCUCGAAGAAACCUUUGAACAUGACGUCAUAGCAAUUUUGGGAGAUCGACAAAAGGAUUUCAAAGUCAACGUUAAGCUUGCAACUAUUAUCGAUAUGAGUGUGUUGAAACAUUAUCGAAAGGCUGAAUAUCAAAACAAUGAUAAGCCAAUGCAAGCUGUUCAAUGCCUUGACGUAAUAUUGCGAACUGCUUUUAAUCCUUUGAUUUCUUCGAAUCGAGCUAUUCAAGCUGGAAGAGCUUUGUAUUUUGCACAAGAACGUUCAAUUCCAUUAGGCGAUAGUAUGGAGUUGUGGUUGGGACUUUUCCAAUCAGCUGUGCUUGGACGAGAUGCUUUGUAUUUGAAUGUUGAUGUCGCUCAUAAAGCUUUUCCUUCUCCGAUGUCGUUGUUGGAUUUAGUAAGAAGCUUCGAUAGAAGUGGCAAUCUGCCAGCAAGAUUCGAUGAUCGUUAUGGACGACAACUUACUGAACAUUUGAAAAUGUUGAGUGUCAGCUAUCGUCCUGACAAAAAUCAACCAGCAAAGACAUUUGGCUUCAAUGGAUUGAAGGAAUCUGCCAACAAUGCAACAUUUGUUGAUGAAAAAGGAGUGAAAAUGACUGUGCAAGGAUAUUUUCAAAAGAAAGGAAUAAGAUUGCAAUUUCCUGAUUACCCCGUCUUAUGGGUUGGCUCUCGUGCUCGCAAUGUUUAUCUUCCAAUGGAAUUAUGUGAAAUUCCAGCUGGCCAAGCAACAAACAAGAAAUGCACACCGAAAGCUGUUGCUGCAAUGAUUAAAUAUUCAGCAACAUCUACCGAUGAACGGAAACGAAAAAUUUUGGAUCUCUUAAAGAAAAUCAAUUAUCAAAAUCCACAGGGAGAAAUUUCAGGAUUUGGAGUUGAAAUUGGCAAAAAUUUCAUUCAAACUGAUGGAAGAAUUAUUGAAGCACCGCAAAUUAAAUAUCUGAAUCAAACUGUUAGACCUGAUAAAGGUGUUUGGCGUGGUGAAAAAUUCCUUGAAAGCGCUAAACCUGUUAAAUGGGCUGUGAUUAAUUGCGAUGAACGAACAUCAAUUCAAGAAGUUGUCACUUUCAAGAAAAACAUCUUAAGCGAAUCGAGAAGAAUGGGAAUGAACUUAGCUGAAUCAAGAGGUGACAGUGAUUACAUCAAAAUAAAGAUGGCAUCCCGUCGUUUUGAUGAUGAUUUGAAUUCUAUGGUUAAAGGACUUGAAUGGUGUAAAGUAAAUGGCUAUGGAAUUGUUUUUGUGAUCAUUGUUGACUUCAAUGAUUGCUAUGCCAAAGUAAAACAAGCUGCCGAAUUGAAAGUGGGAAUACUUACGCAAUGCCUCAAAGCUAAUACGAUUUUUAGAAUGGGAAAAGGAAACCCAAUGAUGACUAUAAAUAAUAUUUUGUUGAAGGUCAAUGCUAAAUUGAAUGGAAAAAAUCAUGAAGUCAUUGAAAGAUCAUACAAUUCAUUUAAUCAAGUCAACAAUGGCGUAAUGUUUAUUGGAGCUGAUGUUACUCAUCCAUCACCUGAUCAGAGUGAUAUUCCAAGCGUUGUUGGAGUUGCUGCAAGUUAUGAUGACGUUGGUUUUCGAUAUCAAUGUGCAUGGCGUUUGCAACAACCAAAGGAAGAAAUGAUUGUUGAUUUGGAGAAUAUUUUGGUUGAACAACUUCACUUUUAUAAAAAGCAAAACAAGAAAUUGCCAACCAAGAUUAUGUACUAUCGUGAUGGUGUGUCUGAGGGACAAUUUACAGAGGUCUUGGAAAUUGAAAUGAAAGCAAUUCGAGCGGCAAUGCUUAGAAUUUAUGGUCCGCAGCAACCACAAGCUAAGGUGACAUUCAUUGUCGUACAAAAACGUCAUCAUACUCGAUUCUUCCCAACUCAAAGAAAAUUCAGUGAUGGAAGAAACAAUAAUAUUCCAGCUGGAACAGUUGUGGACAAAAGCAUUGUUCAUCCAUUCCAGUAUCAAUUUUUCCUUGCUUCUCAUGCAGCCAUUCAAGGUGUUACUAAACCGACAAAAUAUUGUAUUCUUGUUAAUGAGUCAAAAAUACUGCCUGAUGAUCUUCAAGCUAUUACUUAUGAUUUGUGCCAUUUGUUUACAAGAUGCAAUCGCUCAGUUUCAUAUCCUGCACCGACAUACUACGCACAUUUAGUUGCAGCAAGAGGCAAACAGUACACAAUUGGUCGUAAAUUGGACAUGAGCUUGUUGAAGCAAGAAUAUCAGAAAAGAACUGUUCAACCGUUCAUCACUGUGGAAUGCCCAAUGUAUUUCGUUUAAUUUUCAAGAAAAUAAGCAAAGAAUGCUACAAAUCAUAAUGAAGUUCGUAUUAAGAUAAUCAAAACUUUUGAUUCAACAAGAGAAGAAGCAAGGAAUGCUGCAAAAUCUUCUAUUAUAAUGAAUUACAUUUGAAUUUUGUAAUUUACUUAUCAUUUACCAUAACAAAAUAAAUUAAAUUCUGUAUUAGAUUAAUUUACUGACCUCCAAUAUUGGUUAAACUAAAUUUCAAUAUUGGUUAAACUAAAUUUAUUGAAUAAAAAUCUAGAUAAAAGAUAUUCCAAAG